AUGAUAACCUGCACGAGCGUCCCCGUGGCUCUGCCCCGAGAUGGCCCAUUAACUAAGACUGCCGUCAAAGAUAUUAUCGGAAUAUUUGCCACCAACGAGUGGCGAAUCGUGGAUCCAGAAACACUCUUUCUAAAGAAGAAUGCUGGAGCAAACCAAAACUAUACAAUAGAACGACCAAAGACUGAGGGUGACGCGGAUCCAGGACCUCGCAAGGUUUUCCUUAAGUUCCACGGCGAACUCGACAGAAUAAUCGAAGUUUUCAAACCCUUGGCCCCCAACAAGCACGAGGAGGCACAGCUAUGUCACGAUUACGGUCAGUCAGGUCUCGGUGCCAAGGUUUACGGGUUCUUCCAGACAAAGGACGGCACGUUGGGAAGGGUCGACGAGUUUCUGGAUGCACGCAAUUUGGAGCCAGAAGAUGUGGAAGACGCAGGUAUCCGAGCUGCUGUAGCCCGAGGGUAUGCCGCUUUCCACACCAUGAAGACGCAGCUGGAGGAGAAACCUGAUCAGGUCUAUUACGAUAUCAUCACCAGGCAGUUUGAAAAGUAUCAUAAGAUGCCCAAGCUCAAAAAGCUCUUCCAUGAAGGAGGCGUUAGCAUGGACGAUCUCGUUGAUUACGACUUUGCGUCAAAGAUAAGGCGGAUAACAGACAGGCUGGAGUCGAUAAGGGGAAAGAAAGGAUGGUGCAUCCACGAUGUACCAUUCAUGAAUGUGAUGGUGAAGAACAAUCCCAAACAAGGAGAAAGCAAGAUCGUCCUCAUAGAUUUUGAGUUCGUCUUUCGGAACUACCGAGCCUUUGACAUUGGUGCACACUUCAUGCAAAAGGUGUUCAAGUGGGUUGAUGAAGACGGCAAAAUGGCCACCUACAGGCCUUAUAUGGAAGAGGAGAAGAGGCACUUUUGCGAGGAGUAUGCCGAGCAGUGGAACCAGGAGACUGGUGACUCGGACACGGGGGAGCAAGUUUUUAGGGAAUCCGAGCUGGGGUAUUUGCUGGCUAUCACCUGGGACAUCCACAACAUGCUCUGCUACGUGGAGCAGGAGGAUAACAAGGACCUCUUGAACCGCUUGGACCUCUUGGCGUUUAACAGGCUGUUUGAAGAAUUUGUCAAUCAGUAUAAAAGGCUUGGACUGGAUAUUCACGAGUAA